AUGGCUUGCCUCCAAGUGUUCCUGCUGCAGCAUAUUCUCUUGUAUCUUGGAUCAGUGAAGGCUUUCUUAGGAUCUCAGCCCAGUCAAAAUAAUUGGGAGAAUGCAGCCUCUGCUGCAUGUGAGAUGGACCCCUUUGGAUAUUACAACGGGUCACUGGCUGUGACGGUCUCUGGGUCGCCGUGCUUGAACUGGUCAGACUUCCCUGAUUAUAUUCAGCAGUAUCCGAAUCGAGGUUUAGGGAAUCACAACUACUGCAGGAAUCCGGAUGGUGAGGCAGUGCCAUGGUGUUUCAACACACUUCCCACCGGAGCUGUUGGCUGGGCCAGCUGUGACUGUAGUCAGGGUGCUGUGCGACUAAAGGAGGGUGGCAGAGUGGAGUUAUAUUUCAGUGGCAUGUGGGGCACUAUCUGUGGGGAUCAGUGGACAGACUGGGAUGCCAGUGUGAUCUGCAGACAGCUGGGACUCAGUAUGAUUGGCACAGCCCAAAAGCAGAGCCAUUCUGGCCUGGACUCACUACCCAUCCACUUGCAGUCUGCCAAUUGUAGAGGGAAUGAGAAGAUGCUGUUGCAGUGCAGUUACCAAAAGAUGUUCAGCACCUGCCUCCAGGGAGCUGCGGUGGCAAACUGUGUUCCACCUCAAGGUGUGGGGUCUCCACUUCGUUUAGUAGGGGGGGAAAAGAGAUUUGAGGGCCGAGUGGAAGUCUACCAUGAUGGCUAUUGGGGCACCAUCUGUGAUGACCAGUGGGAUGACAAGGAUGCUGAGGUGGUUUGCAGACAGCUGGGCCUCAGUGGAACUCCAAAGGCUGUGUCUUGGGCUUACUUUGGGCAAGGCUCGGGCCCAAUCCUCCUGGAUGAAGUGGGGUGUUCAGGCAAUGAGUUUUCCCUGGACCAGUGCAAGAGGAGUAGCUGGGGAGAGCACAACUGUGACCACAUUGAAGAUGCAGGGGUAACCUGCGAUCCCUUGGCAGAAGGUACCAUCCGACUAGCAGGAGGCUACAAUCCAAAUGAAGGAAGGGUGGAGGUGUAUCACAAUGGAGGCUGGGGUUGUGUGUGUGAUGAUGGUUGGACAGGUGCCACUGCCCAGGUGGCAUGCAGACAGCUAGGCUUCAGUGGCCCUGCCAGGCUGGCAUCUAAGGGAGAAUUUGCUUCUGGCCAAGGCUUCAUCUUACUGGAUGAUGUGGUGUGCACAGGCACUGAGUUGUCUCUCUUCGACUGUCCCCAUAGCAACUGGGGUCAGCAUGACUGCUCGCAUGAAGAGGAUGUGGGAGUCCAUUGUUCCCCGGAUAGCAACAAGGUCACUGAAGAGGCGACAGGGUACCGGCCAGGAGGGCUCCCUGUGCGGCUGGUGGAUGGGGAGAGCCCCAGAGAAGGCCGUGUAGAGGUUUUCUUACAUGGGCAGUGGGGCAGCAUCUGUGAUGAUGACUGGACAGCUAGAGAAGCAGCCGUUGUUUGCAGACAGUUGGGUUACAGUGAUGCUGCCAAAGCCCAAACAGUGGCUCAUCGAGGCAAAGGACAUGCACUUAUCCAUCUAAACAGUGUGGAGUGCAAGGGCACUGAGCGUACCCUUGAGGAAUGCCUCCUCCAGGAAAAUGGCAUUCACAACUGCUGGCACAGCAGAGAUGCUGGAGUGAUCUGUGAGAAGGAAACCCUCUUGAUAAGAAACACAGGUACAACGUUUGGCACAUGUGGACUGCGUCUCUUACAGCAUCGCAAAAAAAGGAUAAUUGGUGGAAACAAAUCUCUCAGAGGUGGUUGGCCAUGGCAAGUCUCGCUACGUUUGAAGGGAUUUCACAGAGAGGCUCGUCUGCUCUGUGGAGCAACACUGAUCAGCAAUUGCUGGGUAGUGACAGCAGCACAUUGCUUCAAAAGGUUUGGUGUGGACGUGCGACGUUACCUCCUCCGGGUAGGAGACUACCAUACUGGUGUGAAAGAUGAGUACGAGAGAGAUCUGCCCGUGGAGAAGAUUGUCCUUCACAGAAACUACCAGUCAAGCAGUAAUGAUAACGACAUUGCCCUAGUCAGAAUGCUGGGUAAAAAGGGCAAGUGCCUCUCCUUCAGUCACCAUGUCCGUCCCGUCUGCCUGCCUGCUAGGAAAGAGAAAUAUGCCAUAGACAGACAAGCCUGCGUCAUAUCUGGCUGGGGAGAUACCGGGAGAUCAUAUUCAAGGACAUUACUUCAAGGUUCAGUACCCUUACUACCAAGGGGUGUAUGCAGGUUCCGUUAUGGGAAGAAGUUUAGUAAUCGUAUGCUAUGUGCUGGCAACCUCUCUGAAGAAAACCGGGUAGACAGCUGUCAAGGUGACAGUGGGGGACCACUUAUGUGUCAACAAUCAAGUGGACGCUGGGUAAUUGUAGGGAUCACAUCCUGGGGUUAUGGAUGUGGGCGAAAAGACUCUCCUGGUGUUUACACAAAAGUCAGCAGAUUUGUGCCAUGGAUCAUGAAGGUGACUAAACUUGCAUGAGACCCAAAGAAGGGUUUCUGUUGCUUAACUCAGCAGAAUUUAAAACUGUUGUCAGCAAUUCCCAUUCUGUCUCCAUGGGGGGGGGGGUGUCUGUUGUAUCCAUUGGUACUCAGAGAAGGUUUGUAAAUAUAUACU